UGCCUGCGGUCACAUUCAAGUGCCGUCGUUUGCUCCAACAAUAAAACGCUUUGGAGCCGUGUGUUUUGUAUGUUGUUAUACUAGAAAAAGUGAAAAGCUCGCUCGCAAACCAUGUUUAGACUUGAACGCGUUUUAAUCAAUUAACGCGGCGCAUUUGUAAAUAAAUGGUGACUUUUAAUUGGAGAGUCACAAUUCAAAGUUGCAAGUGAAAAACCCUACAUACCAUUCAUCAUAUUUAUAUAGGUGCGUGUACGUAUAGUCGUGUGCGUGUAUGCAAGUGCAGCUGCCGUGUGUAAGUAAAUUUUCGCGUGUGUGUGUGCGUGCGUGCAUGUUGGAAACACAAUUUUGGCAGCAGAUUCUUCGACAACUGCAACAGCAGCAGUAGAACAAAAAAUUGUAGUGCACUUUAUACAUGAAUGAUCGCAAAUCUUAAAUAGAAUACUGUGCAGCGCGCCAGCAGAGAUGACGUAAACUUCAACAACAACAACAACAAAGAUAGCAACAACAACACAAGGGACAACAACGACGGCAGCAACGAGUCGAAUAGCUUCACUUUCCCCUCUCACAUCUAAUCUCUGUAUCUGGUAGUCUUUGGAAUUGUUUAACAAACCGAAACGAAAACGAAACUGAAAUUGUAUUCUAUAUAGAAGUCGGUCGUCUAUAUAGAUUUAGCUGUUAAGCAUGAGGCCAUCAGUGUUAUCACUGAAGUGCAAUCGAGGCGCAACGUUGCCAAUUUUAUUGCUAUGCUUGCUGCUAGCGACGGCAGCGAGCGCCGAACGGGAUUUCAAUGUGAACGACUCUCAGGUGCCGGUCAUAGAGCCCAAAGAGGCGCCCGCCUACAAGCAGGAGCCAUAUGUGACGGACCUGAUGCGUUGCCAGCAGGCACAGUCUGAGAUUGUGCUCUCGCUGCUGCUGCGCAAGCAUGACUGGAGCGAGCUAAGCGUACCCAAGCGUAUGCAUGUCCAGGCCAAGCUGGCCAAGUUCUUUGCCAUACCCAAGGAAUUCAUUACGCUGGAUUCGGUGACGAAGCGGGAGCUGGGCAACAUGCAUAAGCUGGCCAUGCGCAAGGGCGGCAAGGGCCAGAAGCAUGUGGACACAGUGAAUCGUCGUCUGGGACGUGCCAGCUUUAUGAUCGGCUGUGGUUCGAGUUACUUUAGCAUGGGUGAGCCCAUAGCCAAGCAGAUAGGACAUCAAGUCAAGGACGGCACCAUCGGCGCACUGACGGAGGAGAACUUUGGACUGUGGUUUAUAUGGCGCAAGGAAUUGAAGUCCAGAUCGCGGCGAAAGCGCAGUGAUGCAGAGGGCAGCGGCAUUGAGGAGGACUAUGACUAUGGAGAUGAUGAGGAUGAACAGACGCCUGAACUGGUUACGGUUAUGCCCACAUCGCAUGCUCACCGACAUCAACAUGGCGUGUCGAAACAAGAGGAGAACACGGGCUCCGUCUCCACCUCGUCGGCUACAUCUUUGCCAGAAAACAAGUUGGACGAGGAAAUCGAAGAGAGUGUCUCCAAAUUGGAGUCUGUCAUUAGCAAGACCAUUGAGAACACGAAGAAUAUUAAGGAGCCGGUGCUCAAUGUCGACGAUGAGGUCGAGGACGUUGAGGAAGUUGAGCUCCCACAGCUGGGCGUGCCCGCUGCGCCGGUGAUUGUUGAGACUGAAAAUGAGCUUGGCAAUGAGCUGGAACUCAAACCGAGCAUCGAGCAGCAGCAGCAGCAGCAACUGGAGCUGGAAUUGCCUCUAACCACAACCACUACAACUGGCAGCAGCAGCUCCAUGGCAACGGUAAACGUUGCAGCUGAAGAUGCUGCUGACAACAACAACAACAGCAACAACAACCACCACCACCACCACCAUCAUCAGGUCGACAAUGCGGCCAACGCUGUUGAUGUAGCUGAGCACACUGCAACGAGCACCUCACAAACGACCACUAACCACAAUAACAACAACAUCAACAAUAAUUUAACACCUGCUACACCAGGCACACCUUUGCCAGCGUCGUCGUCGUCGUCCACUCAUCCCCAACCACCGUCUGAAUCAUUUUCACCAUACGACGCCAGCUCCACCAUGUCCCAAUCCAACAUUUACACAUCCUCAUCCCCAGCGAUUGCAGCCACAUUUGAAACUGUCGAAUCGUCUGCCCCCAGCAGCAACACUAGUAGCAGGAGCAGCAGCAGCAGCACUCAUCCUGUUGCUCCUGACAUCAUAGCCUCCACCUCAGUCUCGUCAAGCACAGCAAGUGUCAUAGACUUUGAUAUGGCUAAUACUCUCACAACAAUAACAACAACCGAAACUUCAUUAUCAUCAUUAUCGUCAUCAUCACCUUCAUCAUCGUACCCCACAACUUCUUCAUCAUCAUCAACAACAAUUGCAACUAUGCCAACAACAACAACAGCAACAACAACAACAACAACAACUACAACACAAUCACAAACGCCAAAGGCAGCGGAUGCUCUGGACGCUCUUGAAGCCGCCAGCAACAGCACCGUGCCCAACCUGGCUAGCAAUGAGCUGGCAACAGCAGCAACGACACGGCAGCCUCAGCUGGAGGCGGUGAGCACCUCGACAGAUGCCUCCACGGAUUAUGUGGAGCCACGGCAGGAGAACAGUGUACCGAUCAUAAAAAUGCGCCUGCAGAAACUGGCUGUGACGUCCGGCAAGGCAUUCAGCUUUAUUGUGCCCGAAGAAACGUUUUUCGAUGCCGAAGAUCAAACCAAUUUGCGCCUAGAGCUGACCGACAAGGAUGGACACGAGCUGAAGCCCACGUCCUGGCUGCAGUUCAAUGCGGAUAAGCGCGAGCUCUAUGGAAUCCCACUGGACGAUACCGUGUCGCGUUGGCAGUAUCGCCUCUCGGCUACAGAUUCCGGCAAUGCCAGUGUUACGGAAACUGUGGAGAUUAGCGUGCAACAGCAUCGUGCGGUGCGCACCAUCAACCAUGAGAUCAGCAUCGCGGUGCGCCUCAACGAGAAGCAUGGUCACAACAUUGACUGGCAGCUGAAGUUAAUAAGGGCUGUUGCCCACACGCUGGAGGAUGGCGGCAGCUCGGCGCUGGUGGUGCGCGAGAUACGACAGACACUGCAGGAGCCACAGAGUGCUGUCUUUGUCUACUUCAAUGAGACGCUGCCCACCAGUGAAUGCCCCGAGACGGAGUUGAAUGAUCUGGUGCGUCGCUUGGAUGUGCAGCGCUUGAAUGAUCUGCUGCAGCCACUGCUGAGCAUUAAGUCUAUAACGGGUCAGUUGAUUGGCACUUGCCAGAAGACAGAGUUGGCUAAGAUAAAGCCCACGACGCAUAUGGCCAAGAAUUUGCCGCCGAUGCCGCGCAAUCAGGUGGAUCGUGUGAACGCCUCAGUUGGCCAUUUGCUCGUUUACAAAGUGCCCAGCGACACCUUCUACGAUCCCAAUGAUAAUGAGCUAACGCUCACGCUGAAGACGAAAGAACACAAAGAGCUCAGUACACGCCACUGGCUGCAGUUCGACUCAAAGAAUCAGGAAUUCUAUGGCAUACCCAAGAGCGGGGACAUAGGCACCGAGGAGUAUCUGCUCAUUGCCGAGGACAGUGGCGGCCUCAGUGCCAACGAUGCGCUCGUUGUGGUCGUCACCAACACGCCCAAAAAGGAUUAUGCCAUACUGUACAAGGCUUAUCUGGCCAUACGCCACGAGAACUUCAAUGCGGAACUGCAGCGUAAAUUUAUGGAGCGCAUUGCGCAGCUGCACGGCGAUGCUAAUACCAAUCAGAUUUAUGUGCGCUCCAUUACUACGCACCACGACUCGGAUGGCACCAUUGUCAACUUUUACAAUGUCUCACUGUACAAGACCCACAACCGCUGUCCCGACGCAGAAAUGGCUGCCACGCGCAGCAUCUAUCUGAGCAGCGACAUGAUGCCAAGUGCCAGCGUGAAGAAGGCAUUGGGACCGGAGCUAAAUCUAACCAACUUUACGGUCGUGCCCUCUGCCGCAUGUCAUCAUGCGGAGAACAGCGACAUUAGCCAGCACGAGUAUAUACCACCGCGCAACAAGGAGCCGAGCUUGAAGCCAACCUUCCCACAGGAAUAUCUAGCUACUGUUAUAUUGCCCGCUGUUAUAAUUGUGGUCAUGGUUUUGCUGGCCUCGAUCAUAGCUUGUUGUUUGCAUAGACGCCGCCACAAGAGCGGCAAAAUGGAAUUAGGCGAUGAGGAGGAACGCAAAUCGUUCCGCACCAAGGGCAUACCCGUCAUCUUCCAGGACGAGUUCGAGGAGAAGCCCGAAAUAGGCAAUAAGAGCCCUGUUAUACUGAAGGAUGAGAAACCGCCGCUGUUGCCGCCCUCGUACAAUACCUCGAACAUGAACGGUGACAACGAUGUGGAUGAGUAUGUGCCACCGCCGGCUGUGGUGCUCGGUGGACGCGAAGUGCGAGGGAAAUCACCGGCAACGCCCUCCUAUCGUAAGCCACCGCCAUAUGUGUCGCCAUAAAUGUUUCAAGUGGAAGAGAAACGGCAGCAGCAACAUCAGCAACAAUAAAAGCAGCAACAACAACAAUAAUCACUAUUAAUCAAUUCUUACAAAAAAAAAAAAACAAAACGAAGAAAAACUAAAAAAAAAAAACAGAUAACAAUUUACAAUCUUAAUCAAACAAAUCUUUCGCACCCUCGAUGUCAACAUUAUCAACGUGUUAACUCCAAAUUUGAAUUGAGGUGCAACUCAACCCCCCGCCCACAUUAAUGAUAAUACAUUUAACAAAAAAAAAACGGUAUUAAGUACGGACACAACUGUAAAACAAUCAAUUAACGAUUUCAAUAUGCGACUCUUGGCUAACAAAUUAAGCUAAAACUAAAAAACUAAACACUUAAAACAAAAAUCACUAUGCUGCAUAUAAUUUAUCUAGUAUGUACCUUAACUUAUAUGUAUACACACACAUACACACAAACACACUCACACACACAAUUUGGUAAACAAGCGAAAGAGCUUGAAAAACACGAACCUUUUUAUAGAAUAGCAUUUAGAAUUUAUUUAUAACUGCGGCCAGCCGCUGUUUUGCCCUUUGCCACAAGGCUCGAAUUGUUUGUAUGCUUUCUAUAAGAAAUAUGUUCCUUGAGCAGCUAAUAGAACGCGUUCGGCUUGAGCUGCUUCAAGUCGAAUUGUUUUUGAUUCUAAUUAGGGCCAGUGCCGUCCGUUCACAUUGAAAUUCUUAAUAAUGACUGCCCGUUGCCUGCGAAAUUUGAUCGGCGCCAACAUUCAAGCCACAUUUUCGUGCUUGAAAUUGUUGUUCGCCUAGUAUUAUGUCAUAUCAUUUAUAUCAUUAAUUGGCUAUGCCCUUGAGUACACAGUCACUUGAGCAGGGGGCACCUAGCUUCACUUGCAUUUAGUUGAUAAGAAGCAAACGUUUUUAUAAUGCUUACUCGAUACAGCUGCCAAUCUGAAUAGUGAGUACAGGAAUGGCUCACUCAACUCAUUUACAAAACAACAAGAAAUCAAAAUAAUAGUACAUGUUCCGAAUUCCUAUAUAGUUGCCCCACAAGUGCUUCCUCCAUACCACCAAAUCAUAUCCAAAACGUAUGGAUCGACCAUAAAGUAAACAACACAACAAACACACUGAACACACAACACACACACUAAUUAUAUCAAAUCAUUACUUAAAGUAGCCCCUCCCCCCUUAGUUAUUAAUUGAUUUUACAAAAUCCCUAUAUGAUUAGAGUAUACACGUAUUUAUAUAUACAUAUAUAUAUAUAUAUAAACUUAAACUUAAUAUUAACUUGAGAACGAAACAUUUGAAUUGUACUAAAAAGAGAAACCCUGCAUAUUUGAACUAUGUAGCGAGUAUGUCCAUUGAUUUUAUAUACGAGAUCGUCAUCUUUGUAAGCUAGAGCAAUAAUUUCUCUGAAAAAGAUUACUUAAUGAACAAAUGAAAUGAGAAACAAAAGAAAAGAAAAAAAAUUGAAUGAAAAUGCGACCGCAAUGCGGCGUAAUGCCUAUUAAAUUAAGCAUAUAUAGCAUAUAGCAUAUGUACGUUAAUGUGUACUAAAUUGAGUAAAUUGUAUAAGCUCAUUAAGCCUAAAAAUAUUUACACUGUAUUUUGUAACAACAACCACAACAUAGACACAGCCACAGACAAACA